UUGUUCUCUUCUGCUCAAUAUUAUUCUGCGCUCUCUCCUUGGUGGGAGCCCGGCGCUCAAGUCUUUCGUUCCUGUUGAAGUGUGGAGUCACCAUAGCUAAUCAUAAUGACUUGGUUCGGCAAUUUGGACUUGGCUUACAAGUACACCAUCGUAUUUCUGUCAUUACUUGUCUUUACCAUUGCAGCUGGAGUGAUCAAGGUGCUCUACGAUCGCAGGCAACUGAAGAACUUCACAAAGAAUCAAGAAAAUGUGGAGGCCGGAAAGAGAGAUGAACAGAUGGAGUUGAAUCAACGGGAGAAGGAUGAGGGCGACCUGUUCGGUAUUCGAGCCAUCGAAGCAGGCUUCUACGCUGGCAUUCCCCAAUCGCGUCCCGGAUCAUCAGCAGGAUCAAUUGUUGGGGCGCCUUCGAUGAGCUCCAAUACGCUGAUUGGUAGCUUGGCCUCUCCUAAGAUUCAGUCGCACUCUGUAUCAAGCAGUGUGACCAGUCUCCCGCUUGCCCAUACGGCAGACCGCGCCCGUGACUCCCAAACGCUACCUACAUCUAACUCGCCACCGCGGAGAAAGUCGCCGCCCACCAUCAAGCUACGUCCGUCAGAAGCAGAGAUGAACGGAAGAAUCAACCACAGUGCUUCUGUUAACAUGAACUUGAUGGUACCGCCGUCGCCAGUCCUUGCUCGACCGCCACAAUCUCCUCAUUUUGCUGGAUCUGACGACGAAUCAAGCGAUGGAAAUGCCUCUCCACGAUCUCUAUCGCCCCACUCAGCCAACUUCAAGCCUGAUCAUUACUCUCCAGUUCCCCCACAAACCCCGAUGCAUGAGGGGCUUCGUGCCUCCGUCCACCAUCCAGAGGUCACUGCAAAAUCCCAGGCAGCAUCCUUCAACGAAUCAUCACCAGGACAUUCCCCCGGCCACAGUGCUCCCCCAUCACCCGGCCAUACGUCAGAAACUAAUGUGCCCACGAUGCCAGCCAAGGUCUACAGAGAGGAGCCUCGCUCUCUCUUCCCUGCUUACUCUGACCGGCGAGAUUCCCUCCCAAGGAACAGCGCUGGACAGGCAGGAGCUGGGCAAGCCAGUAGCCCCCAAAAAACCUGAGCGGUCAUCAUCUCCCGUACGGCUCCAGCCACAAACUUACCAACCGACCCAUCAACGGGAUAUGAGUGACGCAAGCAGUGUGUAUAGUGAGAAGGGAGUGAAUUCGCACCAGCAUAAGCGGUCCAACUCGACUACGUCUACCUUCUCCUACAACUAUUCCUUCCCUGAAAGCUCGAGUCGAAAUUCGAUCGCAGCACCUAUACCACCUAAAGAUCCGCGUCGUCGCAGCGCCUCGAGUUCGCUUCAGGCACCGGGGUCGUCACAAAGCAACCAGACGACCAAUGACCCACGGUUUAGCGAGUUCUACGAUGCGUAUUAUCGCCAUUCGCAAUUCGGCGUCGCGCAGAAGACUGAAGCGCCAAAGAGACCGAAUCAACUAAAUCUA